UUCAACUGUUCGAAAAAAGGCGGCCAUUUUAUCYGCAAAACAACGGGACAAAAUCAGAAGAAAAAUACACUUUUACAGAAAGAUAACAAACCCAAAACAUUGUAAUGGACGUGGAAUUUAUYAUUCCUUUGUCAAGUGAUGAUUUGCUCAACGGAGAAGCAGGAUGUUAUGUUGUAGACGAAGUUUACUCCGUCAACUCUUUGCCCAARAAAUUGGCGGAUUCUUGUGUAGAUUUGAAUACAGAAGGACCAUGCUCUAUUCUACGUACAUUUGAUGCUUUUUUCAGUCUAAUAAGGCAUUUCAAUAUCAUAGACUCAAAACCAAGAGACGAGGCAUUGCACACAUUAUUGAAAGCUCUAAAGCAGCUGACUAAUAAUGUAUCACCAAUGGUUGAGCCUGGAGCUGACAUYGAUCAGGAAACAAGAAAACAACAUCUUACGGCACUGAAAAUGAUUAGUUAUCUCAUAGUCCAGUUGUCCAAUCAAUAUGAAGCCGAGGCUACAAAACCAACCACACAGGUUACAACUGCAAAGGGACGUGGUAAAUCCACUGCAUCUUCUAAAAGAAAGACUCCUUCAAACUCAUUUGACUGGGAUGAUGAGAGAAAUAAUGUCAUUGAAGUCAUAGGUCACAUGGUACAACUAGACAUUAACCGAUUGUGGAACCCCCCCUUGGUAGAAGAGGAGUUUGUCAAUUUGAUCACUGGUUUCUGCUAUAAGCUUCUUGAAAACCCAGCAGUGACAAGAAAUAAAACAACUAAAGACUUGGUGUUCAAUCUUUUGGCAACAGCCAUCAAGAAAUACAACACAGGACUUGGAACUACACUAAAGAUUAUUCAGAUGAUUCAGCACUUUGAACACUUGGUACCUCACUUAGCACAAGCACUUCAACUGAUGGCAACAGACUUUGGUAUUAAAAACAUAAUAGCAGAAAUCAUCAGGGAGAUUGGAAUGAUGAACCCAUCAGAUUUAGCUAAGGAUACCAGUGGAACAAGAGCCUAUGCCGACUUCAUUGUUGACUUGACCAGUAGAAUACCAUCUCUUGUUCUCAAUAAUAUCAGUAUGUUGAUGUGUCAUUUGGAUGGUGAGUCCUACUCCAUGCGUAAUGGUAUCCUUGGUGCCAUGGGAGAGAUUGUACAGAAAGUCCUCAGUAAAGGAGAGCUAGAUGACAAUGUUAAGAACUUGAGAGAUCAGUUUCUGGACAAAUUAGAGUCCCAUCUUCAUGACACCAAUGCAUAUGUGAGGAGCAAAGUCCUUCAAAUCUGGCUACAGUUGUGCAAUAACAAUGCUAUACCAUUACCAAGGCAAUACCAUUUACUGGAGCUYGUAAUAGGACGAUUACAAGACAAAUCUAGCAGUGUGCGUAAAUAUGCUGUUCAAGUUUUGAAGAGUUUUCUUGUCAACAAUCCAUUCGGUGCAAAUCUUCCACUAAAUCACUUGAAAGAGAAGCUGGCUUCUGAGACGACAAAGCUCCAGGAAAUGGCUCCUAAUCUAAACCAGGAAUCAACUGAUCAAGUUCCAGUGGCUGCAUGUACAGAGGAUAUCUGGAAUGCAAUUGUUCCUGAACUGCAGUCUACAGUAAACGAACACUUUGACCAGGAAGAAGUCAAUGAAGAUGGUGAAAACAAUAACGACAAAGAACCUGAAGCUUUAGCACAGACUUUGAAGGAGAUCAGACAACUACUGAAUGAUGGACAUCACAAGAAAGCACUGAUUGCACUAAAGAAAGCACAAAGUUGUUGGCCAGAGGAACCUUUGUUGACCGUUGCUCAAGUAGACUUUCAAGACAGUGACAAGGAAGGUGAAUCUACCAGUAAAGAACAGCUGGUGGCAGACACUUUAAGCAUUCUUAAGGCUAUAUACAUGGCUUCAGAAAAUYCACAGGUAGCCCAAGCAGAUGAUGAACUYAAUGCAGAAGMAUUAUUAGAAGUAGCCAAUCAGAGCACAGAAAAUGCACAAGAAAACAAUGGUGUGGACAGUGAGAUUGUUAAACAGCAGCUUGUUGUGCAGUAUCUACAGGAUUACGUCAACUUCCAGACUCAAAUGGAAACAGCAGURCCAGUUAUCUGCCAACUCCUUGGUUCCAAGACAACAAGCGAUGUUUCUGAAGCCAUUGAAUUCUUUGUUACUUCRUAUGAGUUUGGUCUGAGGAACGCUAUUSUUGGGGUGCGUAGAAUGCUGGUGCURAUAUGGUCCAGGGACACUGCUGUUAAGGACUCUGUUGUAGAGGCCUAUAAGGGUCUUUAUCUUGAUCCUCCWGCUCCCAACCAAAGGGCAAGGACAGGGAUCAUAGUGAACAGCCUGAUAACUCUAAUCUUUGGAGCUUCCAUUGGAGACUUGACUUCUUUGGAGGAACUGAUGUGUGAACUCAUGAAGGCAAAGUUGAUACCUGGGUCUGUUGUCAAGUUGCUCUGGGAAAAGUUCACAAUGAAGGCAGUCCAGACAACACCYGAAGAAAGUCGUGCUGCAUUGAUUCUGCUAAGAAUGCUUGCAAGUGCUGAGACCGACAUUGUUAGAAGUAACAUUGAUGUGUUGGUCAAAUCUGGACUUGGAAGCCGUGCAGAGGAGGACUAUCUGCUUGCUCGGGAUACCUGUGUUGCACUUUUGAAACUUAUCAAAACCAAGAAACCAGGCAGCAUGUCRGAGGAACCAGUUCGUUUUGCAUCUUCACAUGAAAUGUUUGAACGUUUGACAUAUCUCAUUGUCAACGGCAUCAACAGUACCCAUGACAACCACUUUUCACCAAUGGCAGAGCAGGCGAUCAAUGUCAUUUAUAGUUUGUCAGAGCAUCCUGAGACAGUCGCUGAAAAUAUCAUCSGGAAAGUUAUUACUCUUUUGAUUGUYAAGGAGGACGGACAGUCACCUGUGCCACCUGACAGUACUCAGGACACACAGACACAUGAAGGAGAUGAAGUCUUAUCAUCACAGAACAUCUCCAAGGUGAUGACGUGCAACUCUAGCGUGYUGUCAAGGUUCUUGUUUUUGUGUGGUCAUGUCGCCUUGCGUCAGCUAGUGCAUUUAGAUGUGAGCAUAUUGAAGGAAAUCAAGAGRCGACAAGCCAUUCAGGAAGAUGAAAAUGAAGAAAAGAAAAAAGAAGCAGGAAAAAAGAAUGACACUAAUGUUAAUACAACUAAGGAUACGACUACUACAGAUGCAGCUGAGGAAGAGAUGGGACUCACUGGGGGCACAGCAGAUGAUGUUGAGGGGGAGUACAUUAGAAAGAUAUGUGAACAUGAUAUAGUUACAGGACAAAAUCUUCUUGCUCUUCUUCGUCCAUUGCUGGUYUGYGUGUGUAGUAACCCUUCCAAGUUCAGUGACCCUGGCCUUCAGGCUGCUGUUUCRAUGGCCUUGGCCAAGUUUAUGCUYGUUAGCUCUGAAUUCUGUGAAUCACAUCUGCAACUUCUGUUCACAGUCCUGGAAAAGUCRCCUCAUGCAACCAUCCGUGCCAAUACUAUCAUCGCACUGGGUGAUUURACRUUCAGGUUCCCCAACCUUCUUGARCCCUGGACUGCACAUCURUAUGGAAGGCUUCGUGAUGAAUCUGCGCAUGUCCGUAAAAACACAAUGAUGGUGUUGACUCACCUUAUCCUCAAUGAAAUGAUCAAAGUCAAGGGAAACAUUAGUGAAAUGGCCACUUGUCUUCAAGAUAAGCACCAGAGAAUUGCUGACCUGGCCAAACUUUUCUUCCUGGAAUUAUCCAAAAAGGGUAACGCUAUAUACAAUGUACUACCAGAUAUCAUUAGCCGACUSUCCGAUCCUGACUGCGGUAUUGAGGAAGAACCAUUCAGGAACAUCCUCAAGUAUUUGAURUCAUUCAUACAAAAAGAUCGACAGUCUGAGAGCCUUGUGGAGAAAUUAUGUCACAGGUUUAGAGCCACAAGGGUUGAUCGUCAGUGGCGUGACUUGGCCUUCUGUUUGUCCCUCUUACCGUUCAAUGAACGAGCCAUUCGCAAACUACAAGACAACUUUGGCUGCUUCCACGACAAGCUAUCAGAUGAAGACGUCUAUCAGUCUUUUAUGAGUGUUAUCGGCAAGUCAAAGAAGUUUGCUAAGCCUGAAAUCAAGUCUCUUGUUGAUGAGCUUGAACAGCGAAUCGAAGAAUGCCACAACAAAGGAAUGGAGGACGAGGCUGGGUACGAACGAGCGGCCAAAGCAUCAGGCGCGGCUGCUAAGAGCAAGAAAAGCGUGUCAGCCACACCCUCGGGAAAAUCGACACGUCCUCGGAAAACUCCGGCAAGACGUCGGAAUAAAACARCYAAUGGCGAUAGUGACUCGGACGACGACCACACAACGAAAUCGACCCGAACCCCACGUAACCCACCAGCACCAAAAUCGGCAAAGCCGAAGUCUUCCCGAAAGCGAAAACCAAUGCCGUCGUUUGAAAGUGACGAUGACGACGAAAGCAUCGAUUUGUUUGAUCUGGACGAGGRAGAUGAAGAAGAUGAAGACGACAUUGAUGAUACUGAAAAUGUUGAUCCAAAUCAAAAUAAUGCCACGGAAAAAACUACAGCACAACCAAGAAAAAGCGUACCGAGUAACAGCACUAAAAACAUGCGAAGUCUGAGGACAUAGUACAGCGGUUUGMAAAUGUUAUGGCASUAAUGAUUUACACCUCGAGUGCAUUGUGGGACAUUUUUAAUACUGAUGAAUUGAAGCUAUCAAGUAAAACUUUAAAGCAUUUUCUAGGAUUGGAGAAACUAUUGAACGUAACUCAGUAUAAGAAAGAAAAAGUAUCAAAAAUUUUGUAGGGGUAACUGUAAAUAUUGAUUAAAGGGAUCAAUAAGAAAA